AUGAAGAUUAAGUCAACCGAAGAAGAAACUGCGUUUUUAUCUGGCCUUUUAAAAGAUCUGGAUAACGAUAGCGACGAACAGUAUGAUCCAGAUUUGUCAUUAGCUGCCGAUCAAGAUAGCGACGAACAGUAUGAUCCAGAUUUGUCAUUAGCUGCCGAUCAAAUUGAUGAAAUGAUGGUGGUUAAAAAUACCGAAGGACUAGAUAGUUUGAAUUCGUGUAAACAAUUAGAUCAAACGGAUGUGGUUGAAAAUUCAGAUGCCGAAGGGCAAGAUAGUUUGGAAACAUUAGAUGCCGAUCAAGACGUAAUAAUGAUAGAAAAGCAGGACAAUUCAGAUUUCGAUCAAACGAUGAGAAUGUUCUGGAUCGAUGCGUAUGAAAAACAGGGGAAUGUGCAUCUUUUUGGAAAAAUCUUUGAUAAAGAUGCCAAUUUGUAUGUGAGUUGCUGCCUAAUCGUUAAGAAUAUUGAUCGGAACGUUUUUGUUUUGCCAAGACAGUAUAAACUUGAUGUACUCAUGACUCCUUUAGAAAAUGGAAACGAAACUAACAUCAAAGUCACUAUGGAUGAUGUUUUCGAAGAAAUUGAAUCUUUGAGGCAUAAAUACAAAAUUCCUAAAAUCGCUGCUAAGACCGUUUCGCGAAAAUAUGCAUUUGAGCUGUCGGACGUACCUGUUCAGUCAGAUUAUUUAAAAGUGGUGUAUUCGUUCUCAAACCCUUCAUAUCCAAGCGAUUUAAGUGGAAAAACCUUUAGUCGUAUAUUUGGAACGCAAUCUUCUGCAGCAGAAUUGUUCUUGAUUAAGCGGAAAAUCAAGGGUCCCUGUUGGCUUGAGAUUGAAGGUGCCCAAGAACAAACUGCUAAGGUUUCCUGGUGUAAGCGUGAAUUAUUCGUUAAAGAUCCGAAAAAUGUAAACCCCUUAAAGGAGACAAUACCAUUGAAAUCUCCACCUUUGACAAUAAUGUCAUUGAGCUUACGUACUAUAAUGAAUCAUCAAAAGCGAGCAAAUGAAAUAGUUGCCUUUAGUGUGAGAGUUUAUCCUAAAGUUUUUCUGGAUAGACCAAUUUGCGUAAAGGAGCUCCCGUCAGUUCAGCAAACAUCGAUUAGACAAUUAAACGAUAAACCGUGGUGGCCUGCACAAUUUGAAGAUAUGGUGCAAGGAAACAAAAAUAAAUUAAAUCUGACUUUGGAAAGGAAUGAAUACUCUUUAUUAAACCGCUUUUUAGCCAUUAUUAAGCGAAAUGAUCCGGAUGUUCUAGUUGGACAUAAUAUCAUUGGAUUUGAAUUGCCCAUCUUAUUGCAACGAAUGGAAGCAUUGAAAGUUAGAGACUGGUCCUGGAUUGGAAGGCUCCAUAGACAAAUUAUUCGCACAAGUAGUAAAGGUGACUUAGCAUUUAAAGAUAGGGAUUUUGUAAGCGGUCGAUUAAUAUGCGAUACAUUUUUCAGUGCAAAGGAUCUCAUUAAAUCAAAGAAUUACUCUUUAACUGAAUUGGCACUAUCACAAUUAGGUGUCAAGCGAAAGGAUUUUGAUUGUGAGAAAGUUGUAACAAAAUACGAACGGGCUAAUACUCUGUUUGAUUUUGUUCUUCAUUGUCACUACGAUUCUGUUCUCACGUCCAAAUCUCUCACCACUGCUAGUAGAGCUGCCCGCAAUGAAUAUCUAUUAUUACAUGAAUUUCAUCAAAAUAAAUACAUCUGUCCGGACAAGAUUUAUAACAAAUCAAACAUAAAGAAUGCAGAAAAAUCUACCGGAGGCGAUGAAGAGGAUGAAGGAGUUGAUACUAUUGUAAAUGGAUCACGGAAAAAAUCAAAAUAUGCAGGAGGGCUUGUCUUAGAACCCAAAAAAGGGUUUUAUGACAAGUACGUGGUCAUGUUGGAUUUUAAUAGUUUAUAUCCAUCAAUUAUUCAAGAGUAUAACAUUUGUUUCACUACGAUUGGACGAACUGGCAAGGAAACGGAUGAUUUACUUCCUGACCUUCCUGAGCCUGAUUUGCCUCAGGGGAUCCUUCCUAAACUAAUAGCAAAUCUAGUAAAUAAAAGGAAGUUGGUUAAAAGCUUGAUGAAAGAUCCAAAAGCAUCACCUAGUGAUCUCGCACAGUAUGAUAUUCGUCAGAAAGCUCUUAAACUUACGGCAAACAGUAUGUAUGGUUGUUUGGGCUAUCCCCUAUCCCGAUUUUAUGCGAAAGCUUUGGCCAUGUUAAUCACUUCUAAGGGCCGGGAAAUCCUCCAAGAUACUGUUAACUUGGCGGAAGGUGAAGGCAUGGAGGUUAUAUACGGAGACACAGAUUCAAUAAUGAUCCACACCAACACUACAGAUAUACAUGAAGCAUCUGAAAUAGGAAGGAUGUUAAAAAAAAAGGUUAACCAACAAUAUAAACUGCUUGAAAUCGAAAUGGAUGGGUUUUUUGAAAAGAUGCUACUUCUGAAAAAGAAAAAAUAUGCUGCCGUUAUUGUUGAAGAGAAUAAUGGAAUUUUGACACGAUCUUAUGAGACAAAAGGUGUCGACCUGGUCAGAAGAGAUUGGUGUGAACUGGUUCGCGACGCUUCUAGAUAUAUUUUGGAUCAAAUUUUAUCAUCAUCUGAUCGGACUGCAGUGGUCAAUAACAUCCACGAAUAUCUGAUACAAUUAGGAAAUGAUAUUCGUUCUGAGAAAUUUUUUAUCGAUAAAUUUAUUCUAAAUAAGAAUCUCACCAAAGCGCCGGAGGCAUAUGCCGAUAUUAAAAGUCAACCACAUGUGCAAGUUGCAUUACGGAUGAAAAACAGGGGAAUGAGCGCUCGACAAGGAGAUACCAUUCCUUACGUGAUAUGCAUUAGAACAGAUGAAAAUAAUAUAGCUAGCAAAAAUCUUGCCGACAAAGCAUUCCAUCUAGAUGAAAUCCGGAAAGAAGACUCUAAUUUACAACCUGAUUUUGAAUGGUACUUGAACCAACAAAUUCACGCAUCCGUCGCUAGAUUGUGUGAACAUAUUGAGGGAACGAGCAGUGUAAAGAUUGCCGAAUGUUUAGGUAUGCUUGAAGUUCACCGAAAUAAAGUGAUUAAAUCAGCUCAGAAUUUUAAGGUUAUGUUAAUUUGUUCUUCCGUCAAUCAAGGACUUGAUAAAUCAAAAUUCGUGCCAACAGUGAGUAAUAGCACGUACCAUACAUAUAACUCUCAGAUUACUGAUGAGGAACGCUUUAAACAUGUUGACAAAUUGAUGAUAAAAUGUAUUCAUUGUCGAGAAUCAUACACGUUUGAAGGAUUCAAUUCUAUCACGGGUCACUUGUUGGAUGAAACUGGAUUUUAUUGUGGCAAUCCUAAUUGUAUGAGAGCACUACCGACUUCAUCAAUACUUGCGCAACUUACUUGCAGUAUUCGGUUUCAAAUAAAAAAAUUUUAUGACGGCUGGAAUAUAUGCGAAGACCCUAUAUGCGGAUAUCGAACAAGAAAUAUAGCAAGAACAAGAUGUGCACAAGGAUGCCGUGGGAAAAUGGUGGCCGAGGAUACUGAUAUACAUUUUGUUACGGCUAAUAAAAUGUUCAAGUUUAAAUACAACAAACCUGGUUCUGUCGAAUCCAAUAUAAGCUUUGAUUAUGAGUUUGAGAAUUCUAGCGCUGCAAGUUCUUUUUACAAAGAAAGUGAUAAUAUUAAUACAGAUGAGCAAGUUGUUUCACGAUCUCUAUUAGCACCAAUUCCAACUAAUCAAGUAGCUAGUCCAAUUAGACAAAGAAGUAUUUGUCUAAGAAAAUUUAAACCAUUUGAUGCUUCUAAGCCAUUUUGUAUCCCAUUCAAAUCACCUACUUUAAAUAAUAAUAAAACUGAUUCUCAAAGUAUUCAGAUCAUUGAGGAGGAUCAAGAAACUCAACCUUAUAUAAAUUCUAAUUUAGCUUAUAAUAUGCCUCGG